AACGGAAAUAGCGAGAGAGAGAGAGAGCUCUCACUCUCAAGCUUCAGCAACAGCAGGUACAGGCAGCAGCUCCCCACGCUCCCUUUUGUCGUCAAACAAUCAUAUUCUCUCACGGACAGAAGAAGCCACCAAACCUCCAUUCCUGAUUCAUGGCUUCUUCUUCCUCUUCCUUCUUCUUCGCCGAGCCCACUCCUACCGACAACAAUGGAUCAUCAUCAUCAUCAUCAGCUCCAGCUUCAUCAUCGCCAUCAUCCUCGCCGAUCACCAACAUGGCCCCAGAUCAUCUCUUCACAGUCCUGCUCCUUCUCCCCGUCGAAUCGAUCCUCUCCUUCGCCGCUACCUGCAAGAGGUUCAGGUCCCUCGCGACUUCGGACACGCUCUGGGAGUCCGUCUGCACCAGGGAAUUCGGGGCUUCCUCCGUCGACGCACUCAGAUCUUCGCUCCUCCCCAAUUUGAGAAACGUUGCUGCGAAGCCGUGGAUGGCGAUGUACAGAAAGGUGUCUCGGCUCGACACCGUGUCUUGCAGCAGGCUUCUUCCCGACCCGGACGCUGCUGAAUUGGGUGGGAUUCCCAGCCCAAGGGCUUCUCACUCCCUCAACUUCAUAUCUGAUUGCUUGGUCCUCUUUGGCGGCGGCUGCGAAGGAGGACGCCAUCUUGACGAGACAUGGAUAGCAUACGUUGGCAGCAACUCUCAAACAAUGAUAAAAUGGCAGAAAGUCAGUACAGGGAUCCCAAGUGGUAGGUUUGGGCAUACAUGUGUUGCUAUUGGGAAUUAUGUCAUCCUCUUUGGAGGUAUCAAUGACCGUGGAGUCCGUCACAACGACACAUGGGUUGGGCGAGUGCUAUCCACAGAGAAUAAUGUUGGAGGUGGCGGAAUCACAUUGUCGUGGCGGCUGCUCGAUCUUGAUCUGGGUUCCUCCAGGGCGCCACCACCAAGGGGUGCUCACGCUGCUUGUUGCUUCGAGAGGAAGAUGGUCAUCCAGGGAGGCAUAGGGCUUUACGGCCUGAGGUUAGGCGACACAUGGGUUUUGGAACCAGCAGAAGACUUCUGUUCAGGAACAUGGCGCGAGUUACUGACUUAUCCAGCACCUCCACCGCGAUCAGGGCACUCGUUGUCCUGCAUUGGAGGAACCAAAAUGGUUCUCUUCGGAGGAAGAGGGCUGGGGUAUGAGGCCAUGGAUGACUUGUGGCUCCUGCAAAUAUCUGAAAGUGGUGAUCUCAUGUGGGUGCAGGUCGUGUAUGAGAAUCAGAAGGUGCCUGAAGGAGUGUCGCUGAGACGAGUUGGUCAUUCGGCUACCCCAAUCUUGGGAGGGCGGCUGCUGAUCCACGGAGGAGAAGAUUCACUUAGGCACAGAAAAGAUGACUUCUUGAUUCUGGACAUUGAGGCGGUUUUGCCUAUCAGAGAGCAGCUGCCACCGCCGGCGCUGAAUACCAGGAGAUUGCAGCAGGCAUCGUCUAGUUUGUGGAAGAGGAUCAAUGUAAAGGGUCAUAAACCAAACCGUAGGUCAUUCCAUAGAGCUUGUGGAGAUCAAUCGGGGCGUUAUCUGUAUCUGUAUGGUGGGAUGGUGGAUGGUUUGCUUCAGCCUGGUGAAGCUGCUGGUUUGCGGUUUGAUGGGGAGCUCUUUGUUGUGGAACUUUUUCAGUAGCCUUGUAAAUCAUCAGAAAUAAGAAAGAAAAAGUAAUUAGAUCGCAUCGCCAACUAGCUCCACCUACAGCAUUGGUGUUGUCCUAUGGUUGUGUUUUUUACUCACUGCGCACCGAUCGACAUAAUAAAGCUCUCAUCAGGCCCUGUUGCUUGCUGUAGAAGUCAAAGAUGAAACCUUAAACCUCGCACAUAAAAUCUGAAUAUUGUAAUGGGAACUACAUGCUUGAUAAAACUGAACAAAAUUAUAGGAUUGUGUAACUUCUUGUUCUUCUCAGAAUGAAAAACAAAUGAUAUCGAAUACACAUUUCUUCAAAUCGACAUUAAGGUAUGAAGUUGAACUCUAAAGAUUCAGUUCCUACCUUCUAGAUUUAGAGGUGAACGAAACUGAAGAGAAGGCCGUGGAAAAAAAAUUCUACAGAAAGAAACGAUCACAACGACGAUUGAUGAUACAGAGCUGUUUAAUCGCAGAAAAUAGAAAUAAUGAAUUAGACAAAACUGCAUUUCAGGGUUCCAACUUCAGUUUGGUUCUCCACAUUUCUCCAAUGACUUUCUUGGGUGCAGGAUCGUCCGGUCCUUUGUCUCGCUGCCCUGACGUGAAGUAUAUGUGUCCGUCCCAGAAACCGACCAGCGUGGUCUUGACUCGGAAAGGAAGUUUUCCAAUCACUGACC